UUUCUGCUGUUUCUGCAUGGGUGGCCAGAGCCACACAGCCCUUUCUUUAAGUCAGGAGUUGCCCUGUCAAAGCACAAGUCAAGAAGGAAGUGAUAAAGGGACUGAGGGGAAGCCCUGAGAAGACUGGGAGGAUGGGAAACUCUCUGCUGAGAGAAAACAGGUGGCAGCAGAACUCUCAAGAGAUGCCUUGGAAUCUGAGAAUGCAAAGCCCCAAACAGAGAACAUCCAGGAGGACAAAGGCAUUCUACCGUGAGUGAUGUGCCCAAGUUAUCUAGAAUGAAACAAGCUUGCGGGGAGAAAAGGUUUUCCACAGAAAUGGCAAAAGGAAGGAGUCACCUUAACAAAGCUGCAGAAAUCAGUUUUAUGAUUUGCCAUCUCUCUUGGGUAUUUUAGAUGCUGGGAUCACCAUGUCGCUAAAGGGUGUUUCUGCCUUCCCUGGAAAAAAAUACGCAUUUUUGAAAAGAGGCAAGAUUCCCAAAAUGAAAAUGAAGGAUUGUCAUCUACUCCCAUCCAGGACAAUAUUGACCAGACCUACUCAGAGGAGCUGUGCUAUACCCUCAUCAAUCAUCAGGUUCUCUGUAGAAGGCCAUCGGGGAACUCUGCUGAAGAGCACUAUGAGAAUGUUCCCUGCAAAGCUGAGAGACCCAGAGAGUCCUUGGCAGGAAGUGAGACUGAAUAUUCACUUCUACACGUGCCUUCUACCCCCAGGCAUGCCCGAUCCCCAGAAGAUGAAUAUGAACUUCUCGUGCCUCAAAGAAUCUCCUCUCACUUUCUGCAACAGCCACAUCCACUUACGGCCCCUUCUGAGACCCAGUUUUCCCAUUUAUAGUGAAGUGGUUGGACUAGCAUUUGUUUAGCACCAACAAAUAAAAGGUGGGAUGGGGGAUCUGCCUGAAGCAGGGAUGGGACACAAAGUCCCUCCAGCUUACCUCCCACAACAACCCUUUCCCUGCAGAGCACGGUUUGUGUACCACAAGUCCUCUUAGCACGCAAAAGCCAAAAUAUAAAGAUCAACUAUUUAUCCUGAAUGCCACCAUUUGAGAAAGAGGUAACCAUCUUUGGUUCUACAUGAUUUGGAGAUUAUAGUGGUGGGGGGCGCUCCUUGAUGCCCCUAAAGCUAUGCACACCACAAGGGGCUCUGCUGUCUGUCUGGGAUCUUCUUAUAAAGCAUUCCUAUGAUUAUUCUCUGAAGUCACAAGGAAGCUUUACUCAUCAUACUAAGUGUACCCAAGGGGGAGUUCACUCAUUACAGUGACCUUCCAGCUCAGCCUCACCCCAUGGGAACCUGUGUUGCUCCAUGUGUCUAACCUGUGUCACUCCAUGUGUCUAAGCCAUGUCUUUUACAUAGUGUCCUUUGACCUGUUGGCCCCCAGGGUCUGGCUGGUUAUGUGAGUUGAAUCAAGAGGCUCUAGGCCAGAUGUUUACAUAAUUUUAACCUAUAUGAUUUUAUUUUUAACUUUGUAUUUCUCCCUAGAAAUCUUAAUAAGACAAUUGUAGCAUCAGACAAUGUUAAGAAGAAUGAUCCUUGGAGAUCCCAUAAUCCCACUACCCUUGUUUGGCUCAGAGAGGAUAAUUUACCUAAUGUUACAUUAAAGUUAGUGGCAAAACUUAAUUCGGAGCCUGAUUUCCUACUGACUUCCAAUUUAGUGCUCCCCCAGUAUGCUACAUAGAAAGCUCUCUGCAAUAUACUAAAUGUAUACUAAAUGUAUAUAUUUAAUAAUGUCAUGUAUAAAAUAUGAAUAAAAUGUCCACAUAGGAAAUUAACACACAUAUACCUUCUCUGAUAGGCACUCCUCUGUGUGUCCUGAUUAUUUACUUUCUCUUAUCUUUUCUUUAGUGUUCCUCAAAUUACGUCUAUCCUCUAAACCAGGGAUCAGCAAACUGUAACCCCCAGGCCAAAUCUGGCCCACUCCCUGUUUUUAUAGAUAAAGAUUUAUUGGAACACAGCCACACUCAUUUGUUUGCCUACUAUCUAUGAUUGUUCAACCACGGGAGAGUUGAGUAGUUGUGACAUGGACCAUAGGCCCUUAAGAGCCAAAAUAAAUAUACUUUGGCACUUUUUGGAAAAAAAGUUUGCAGACACCUGCCCUAAAUUAUUAUAGUUUGAGAGAAACUUAACAGAAAUGUGUUUGGUUACUGAUGCAUAAGAGCAGGCACCAAUAAAAUGGCAUAAAAAUAUUAAAUCACAAAUUGGAUAAGUGAGACCAAGACAAUUUAGCACAUUCUGCUAUUUCUGUAUUCACACCUGUGUCUUCCACUUGUUUUAUUUAACUCAUGGCUACUGUCCUAAUUUUAGGCAUGCUAAAAUAGUUCGUUUUAAAAGAGGUUUGUUUAAGAAAGCAGGAGGUACAUUAUGUUUACUAGACAGGCCCUUUGACCAGCUAAGCGACAGGGACCCUAGUACAUUAUGUUUAGUUACUGUUUUCUUCUCAAAGUUAACCAAAGCUGAAUAACUUUGCUAUUUAAAAUGUGCUAACUCCCAAAUGAGGAGAAAUGUAGUGGCCUGAGCUUGGAUGUGUCAGGUUUUUGGAGACUUCGGCCAGGUGAUGGUCUUCAGCUAAAGAGCCAGCUGCAUCUUGGUAUCUCCUCCUCUGCUGACUUCCUACUUUUAGCAAGAUUCCUUCACGUGGAACUCUAGCUGAUCCUUGGCCAGGAUCAGAUCCUCAAAAGGAGGUAUUCAUGUUAGCAGUGGAUAUUGUACUAGAUGUAACAUGGCUCAGAGGAAAGACUGUAGAUCCCAGAGACAGAUCAUCGGUCAUUCAAAUCCUGGUUCCUUCUCUUCCUCCAUCUGUGACUUUGAACAUGCUACUUGGAGGCUCAGCUCCUUCAUCAUCGACAGAAGGAUUACAUCCAAUGUAGGCAAUCAUCUAUUACAGACGCCAAAUAAAUGAUAUCAAAGGGUAUAGAGAAACAAAAAUCUUUUUUGAUGUAUGGAAAAAAACUAUGCUGAUACAGCUGGUUAUUCAGGGUCACCCAGCAGUCCUCCAGCAAGGUAGAAACACCAAAUCAAUGAGUUUAUGCUGGAAGUUUUCACAUGGCUACUGGGCCAUUGUGGAAGUAGACUGGUUGAAAUAUUCUUAGUAUGACAUAAUAUUUCUUUGAACCUCAUCCUGUGAAAGCAUUAUCUGUCCCAAACAGUAUAUGCCUUUUAUCAGGGACACAUUAAAUAUAAAUGUUUAACCAAAGAAAGUUGUUUUUAUAAUGAAAUUAUAACAGGGAUUUACAAGAGGGAAUUAUAAGAGGGAUUAUGAAAGGGAAUUACUUUUGAGCAGGGGGAGCCAUUUGGGAGUGCUUCAAGAUACCCAAUAUGAUAUAUACAAUUAUGAUUUCUAAGUCAAAAGUAAUAUUAAGAACAAAAAAAGAGUUAAAAAAUUCUGAUAUGAAUGUAAUAUACUUAAUGUGUAGGAUGUCUCAAAUUUCCAGUAAAUAAAUUUUAAUGCCCCAAAA